CCGGCCUCCACGACAAUAUAUAUAAAAUCUCACACAGAUAAAAUAAUUUCUGACGAAUACAAAAAAUGUUAGUCACUGUUACACUCAAAACAUUUGGACAAACCCGGAUUGAUGUUCAACUGGAUGAGCAGAAAGCGUAGCGAUACAAUACAUCACAAUGAGCAUGUAAGAAAAAAUCGUGAGGUUCUUAAACGCUUGAUUGAUUCUGUUGUUUACCUUGGCAAGCAAGAACUGGCAUUCAGAGGGCGCGAUGAAGGAACCAAUUCCUCAAAUAGAGGUAAUUAUGUGGAACUACUUCCUCUGAUUUCUGUCUGUGACAGCAUGCUAAGCAAUCACCUGUCUAUAUCCACAGUAUUCUCGGGUACCUCUAACAAGAUUCAAAAUGGCUUAAUCUCUUCGGUGCCUCAGGUUCUGCUCGAUGCAGAAGUACAAGAAGGAAGCCAAAGGAGCCGGAGGACGGGAGGCUGUAGCCAGCGAGCCAGCACUUACCCCAGAGCACGCCCCUCAUCACACAGCACUACACUGCACAGCGCACGCACCACAAGCCCCGGAGAAGAAGAGCACAUUUUCGUGCACAGAGGACUGUGGUUAUCGGAGUGUCUGUUUAUUUUCGUUUGUUUGAGUUUGGACCCUGGCGUGUUUUGACCCAAUUCCAUCGCUGGUAGUGGGGCUAUUUAUUAUUUUCCAGGGUGGAUUAUUU